UUCGCUGCCCGCCGAGCCCGGCCGAGCCCCGCCGAGCCCCGCCGAACGGAACCGAAUGUAGACGAGCCCGCCCGAGCCCCGGGCCCCGGCCGCCUCCGCUGCCCGAGCGCAGCCGAGAGAACUAGCGGCUGCGGCCGCGGAGGAGGCGCCGCCCCAAGGGGAGGAGGUACCCGCUCGCCGCAGACCGCCCGCAGCAGAGGCCGCCCCGGUCGCGCCGCGGCGGGAGCGGCCGGCGGAGGCUGCGCGGCCGAGGGGGAGGGUCGGGGGAGGGGACGUCUCCCCUGCCCGCCGCCGCCGCCCCCCGCCCGCAAGCUCGCGAGCCUCAGUCUGCACCCAGCAUCCCGCUGCCGCGGAUCCUCCCGCGGGUGCGCUCCGGGCUCUACCCAGGCUCAGGACUGCAGGUGGAUGUCUUCACAGCCCAGGAAUCACUGAACACCUGGGGCAGGAAGCCUCCUUGGAAGGCCAGCUCUACCAGAGACCUGCCUCGGCAUGGGCCUUGACAUUGAAGCUGCCCUGCUGUCUGUGCUGGUCUGAGGGUGCUGCCCGUCAUGGGGGCAGCCAUCUCCCAGGGGGCCCUCAUCGCCAUCGUCUGCAACGGCCUUGUAGGCUUCUUGCUGCUGCUGCUCUGGGUCAUUCUCUGCUGGGCCUGCCACUCCCGGUCUGCGGACAUUGACUCACUCUCUGAAUCCAGUCCCAACUCCAGCCCUGGCCCUUGUCCUGAGAAGGCCCCCCCACCCCAGAAACCCAGCCAUGAAGGCAGCUACCUGCUGCACCCCUGAGGGCCCCUGGUCUAGCCUGGAGUGUGGGACCUAAGUUCACCCCACCCAGAAUCUAGAAUUGGGAUCCCAGGGUUUAGCCAGCCUGGGUCCAGAACUCAGAGUCCAACCUGUCUGGAGCUGGAAGUAGCAGCCCAGAAUCCAGUCAGCCUAGCCCCGAGAGUGUCUCUGGUGGGCCUAGUUCGACAGGCCUGGGGUGAGGGUGCAUGAGCUGGUGCUGGGGCCAGGGCCACCUGGACUCUGCUCCAAUCCCAAGGGUCUGGGGCUGCUUCUCCGUUUUUCCUAGGCUGUGUGCUACCAGGCCCUCUAGGUUGGAGAAGCAAACUGGAAUCCAUGGCAAUAAUGGGAGGGUGUCUAGGCUGGGCCCCUCCUCUGGUCCUCCCACUGUUUGCUGGAUAAUAAAUGGAUCUAUGGCUCUA